AAUGGCUGAGGAAGUCAUUAGAAGUUUGUUGAUGAUAAAUUCUGUAGAAUCCUAAAAUAGUCCGAAUCGCAAUGACUCAUGUGACCCGUUACGUUUCGUCGUAGUUGCAGGACUGGAUCACUCCAUAAAUUACAGCGACACAUGCAACGUUUAAAUGCGUCGACCAGCUUCCAGGAGCCGCACUGUUUACAUAAAGAGGCCUAGUGUUCAACUACAGUGCAGAGAUUUCGACACAACACCACAAGAGGCUGGAGGUGCGCUUCUGAGAAAACAUUACUCUUCUGGAUGUGGGGUGUUGUCGUGAGGAUGGUGAAAAUGCUUCUGGUACUCCUGCUUCUCCUCCUUACAUUAUUGUCAGGUGCAUCUCCCCAGAAACCCAGACAGAUAAUUGUUAAGGCAGGUGAGAUGGUGGUGCUGGAGUGCCCUCGUCACAUAGGAUAUAAUCACGGUGAAACCAAACUGGUCUGGACCAGUUACACCAGACAGGAGAUGUAUAUGACCACUGAUGUGUCAUCAGUUGAGCAGGUGCCAAUGGGUGUGUUCGUUCUUGGGAGAAGUCUUGUGAUUCUCAGCGCAUCAGUAAACCACCAGGGGAACUACUCGUGCUCUCUGGGGAAUGACAGCAGACCGUUCUGGUUCAGGCUGACAGUCUACACAGCGCAGUCCAGAGAGUAUGACAAGAGGACCAAGCAUCCUGUGACAUGUUACACAAAUGAGUCCUGCAAAAUGCAUUGCCCUGAUGUAAAUAUCCCAGCUGCAAAUAUCCUGAAUAUUACAAACAAUGGCUUUAUAUGGCACAAGGAGGGUGAAUCACUGCCAAAAUCCAGUUACUUCUCAAGUGUGGAAAUGACGGACCAUGGUGUCUACACCUGCACCAGAUCUUACCUGUAUCGCGGUCAAAUGUAUAACAUGACCUUUACAGUGGAACUUGAUGUCAAGCACAAGAGAAAAUAUGGGCAAUCAGUGAUACUUUCACCGCGUGAUGGUGUAUUUGAUGUAGAUUUAGGCUCAACAGUGGUGAUUGAUUGUAAGGCUGUUUUGUACUCAGACUUCGAUGAGGUGUUCUGGUUAAGUGAGGAAUCAUUUGUGGAAACCAACAACAACUUAUCAGUUUUCUACAAUUAUACACGGGAAACAAAUAUUGAUGAAAUAUGGAUGACAGCAACCCUGGUCUUCGUAAAAGUGUCAGAGGAGGAUCUAUUUAAACGUUACACCUGUAAACUGGAGUCUGUAUCUGAGCUUUCAAGCUUCGUCACCAUCACCCUGGCCCAAAAACGUAUAAAAUCUCCCAAUUUGGCUCUCAGCAUUGUGGGCAUCCUGGUAGUGAUCAUUGUAACAGUAGUAGUGUAUGUGAAAUUUAAAAUCGACAUCAUUCUUUUCCUAAGGGACACUCUAGGCUGUUAUAGGAGCACCUCAGAUGGAAAGCACUACGAUGCCUAUUUGAUGUGUUAUAAGAGUGACGCAGUGACAGGGCUAAAUGAAGAUAACACAAAAUGGCUGGAGAGUAUUUUGGAAGAGAAGUUUGGUUACCAUCUCUGUCUCUACAAUCGUGACAUCUUACCAGGGAAAGCUGAAGCAGAAGCAGUGUUAAACUGCGUAAAGCAGAGCAGGGUGGUGGUUCUUGUUCCCAGCUCUCCAGAUUCUGGUCAAGGGGCUGACGUGCUAAAUGACAUCCACACAGUCCUUGUGGAGCAGCAGACUCGACUGGUUUUCAUCAAAACUGACACAAUGGAAGUGUCGUCAUCAGGUUCAUUACCAGAGGCCCUGCAACUUCUUAGUGAGACUGGAGACUGUGUCACCUGGAAGGGCACCGCCUCCAUGCUGCCCUCCUCCUCCUUCCUCCAGCUGUUACGUUAUUACCUGCCUGCCCCACAGCAUGAAUCAAAAAUUAGGCAAAUACCUUAGUCAGCUACCCAAGAUGAUUACUGUUAAAAUCCAUCACACAAUCAUCCACAGCAUUGAAACCUACCUGAGAGUGUGUAGGUCCCCCUCGAGAUACCAAACCUAAUAUUCAGGGGACCUGAUGGUAUGUGAGCUUUUCUGAUGUUUUUCCUCCACCUAGUGGCACAAGUGAAGGUUAAUGAAAGUAGCACAUAUUGAGGCCACUUCUACACUUGAUUUAUUCAGGCCAGCUGACAUGGCCCCAGGGCCUUAUGGGAGGUUUGUUGCUGGGCCCCUGUUGGGCUCCACUGUACAUAAUUUCCCCAGACAAAUAUAGAAACCCACUGCUAAAGCUGAAAUGCUUAGUUGAUUAAUCAGUAUACCAAUUUUGAUGACCGAUUAUUUGGUUAAGUAAUUUUUAAUCAAAAUGUUCGAAAAUGUAUCGAUAGCCACAGAUGUGAACAUUUUCCUUUUUUAUGAUGAUGGACUUUGGAGGGGCUUAGUCAAGUCUCUGAAAAUACUCCUGCUGAUGUCAUCAAUUAAGAGGACUGGAGCUAUUUCUGUCUCCUGUGAGGGGAGAUGGACUUUAGGGAAGUGCAGUGCUACACUAUAUCACAGGACUAUACUUUAAAAGGGUGGUUUUAGCUUGUCAUACCUUUUAAAUGUUGUAGUCUAUUUCUGAUCCCUUGUUAACCCUUCUCCUGAUAAUAUAUGUCAGUAGUUCUUCAGUCAAAGAGCCUUUUUUCUUGUUGAGUCUGAAUGACUUUUAUAAUCAUGAAGAAAUUACAACUGUUCAGGAACUCUCCAAGAAAAAAGAAAAAAGAUAGGAAAGUUUGAAAUUAUAAAUGUUUUUUUUUUUGUAGCAGAGAUGUUAUUGCACAUUUCAUACACAAAGGCAGGUCAAAGUGCUUUGACCGACCUCCUAUUAAUGUAGCUAGCGGCUUGUCUGAAGUUUCUUUUAAAGAUCUCACAGAAUCUGAAGGUUACUUUUCUCCAUUUGCACUCAGCAGCUUCUCAUUAAGUAACUAAUCACUUGUGACACAGCUGUAAAGUUCAGCUGCACAUUGUGUUGCUGAGAACGAUAUAAAGGCCGACAUAAAUGCAGUGGUGGAUGUAACAAAGUACAUUUACUCAAGUACUGUAUUUAAUUAUUGGAGCUAUUGAGAAUUUCUAUUUUGUGAUUUAUACUUCUAGUUCAGUAUAUUUCUGAAGAAAAUAUUGCAUUAAUACUCUAUUUUACAGCUGUUUUAAAUUUGUUAUAUUAAUAUAUGACCACUUUAUAUUUAACUAUGCUGUUGAAAUUUGUUUUACGUUAAAAUUUUGCUUACAUUGUAUUAAUGACACACUGAAUAGAGCCAUGCUGCAUAAUGAGUACUUUUUGUAUUUAAGUAUAUUUUGCAAGUCCAUGUACUAUCAUCAGAGUAAGAUUCUGAAUGUGUUGGGGUGAUUUUUAUUUUAUGCACUUAAGAAUGGUUUUAUUUUAUA